UGAUUUUUCUUUUUGUUGAAAAAUCAAAUUCUUUUGGUAUGUUGAAAAAUCAAAUUAGUGUUGGUUAUACCAAACAAAAGGGGACAUCCGUUAUAACACUAAACCUUGGGGAGUAACAUGUAAAAAAAAAAGCUUGAUUAAUUGCUUCGUUCUGAAAUAGCCUGCCUUCUUCUUCUUCCCUCUUGGUCUCCGCUCGAUCAACGGGAAACGGCUGAGAAACCAGUUGAUUCUGCGCUAAGACUUGGCUUCAUCGAUGGCACCGGCGGUGCUCUUCCCUCUUCCUCCGUGUUCUUUUGUUUCUGUUUGGUGAGUAUAUCAUGUAAUUGGUUGUGAAAAGUGCUACUCAUUUUAUAACUGCAUUCAACCGCUACCGAUAAUUUCUUCAGACAUCACAUCAGAAAACAGAGAUUCUAGGAUAGUACUUGGUAACAAUCUCGGGCAUGUUGGCUUUUGGAAUGUUGAUGCAGAUGGUGAGAAGAACAAAGGAAUAUAUUUGAGUUGUUUUAGUUUUGUUUUGUUUCUUUUGGUCUUGAAGGAAUAUAGAUUUGGAAAGAUGAGUGUUGCAAAGUCUCAGGUUUGGCAGCCUUGCAAGAAGAAAAGGAUUUAGGAUUUAUUUUUUUUUCAAAAGCAGACAGUUUUUGGAAUCAUCAGAUAAGUUGAUACUUGCAGAUAGUCACUGCUAGGAGUACAAAAAGGGAAAAAAAUGGAUGGUAUUUGUACUAGAAAGAGACUUUGAUUUCUGGUUUGGCAGAGGCUAGGUACAAAUCUAGAGAGAACGAGAAGAGAAAAAAGGAGAAGAAAAAGGGUGUGAUUUUAAAGUUUGAGGAUGACAUCUAGAUCAGCCUCCAGCACGCCAAGGACAAGCACUCCAAGGACAAGCACACCAAGGACACGGGUGGGGAGAUACGAGUUAGGGAGAACUUUAGGGGAAGGUACUUUUGCUAAGGUGAAAUUUGCCAGGAAUAUUGAGACUGGUGAGCAUGUGGCCAUUAAGAUCCUUGAUAAAGAGAAGAUUCUUAAGCAUAAAAUGAUCUCUCAGAUCAAACGGGAAAUUUCGACCAUGAAGCUAAUCCGGCACCCAAAUGUGAUUCGCAUGCAUGAGGUUAUGGCCAGCAAGACAAAAAUAUAUAUAGUGCUCGAAUUUGUUACGGGCGGUGAACUUUUUGACAAGAUUGCCAGUAAAGGCAGGCUUAAAGAAGAUGAAGCAAGAAAAUAUUUUCAGCAGCUUAUUAAUGCAGUGGAUUACUGUCACAGCAGAGGUGUAUGUCACAGGGACCUAAAGCCAGAAAAUUUGCUGCUGGAUGCAAAUGGAAUCUUGAAAGUUUCUGAUUUCGGAUUGAGUGCACUACCGCAGCAAGUUCGAGAAGAUGGUUUAUUGCACACGACAUGUGGAACACCAAAUUAUGUUGCUCCGGAGGUGAUCAACAAUAAAGGUUACGAUGGAGCUAAGGCUGAUUUAUGGUCAUGUGGUGUAAUCCUUUUUGUUCUAAUGGCUGGUUAUUUGCCAUUCGAAGAAUCAAAUCUCAUGUCAUUGUAUAAAAAGAUCUUUAAGGCUGAAUUCACUUGCCCUCCGUGGUUUUCUUCGAGUGCGAAGAAGUUGAUCAUGAGGAUAUUGGAUCCUAAUCCUCUAACACGUAUUACAAUUGCUGAGCUGAUUGAGAAUGAGUGGUUCAAAAAAGGUUAUCAGCCACCUGUAUUUGAGCAAGAAGAAGUUAGCCUUGAUGAUGUGAAUGCUAUUUUCAAUGAAUCUGCAGAAUCUCCUAACCUUGUUGUGGAGCAGCGGGAGUUACAGCCUGCCGCGCCAAUGACAAUGAAUGCAUUUGAGCUUAUUUCUACAUCUCAGGGUCUCAAUCUGAGUUCCUUAUUUGAAAAGCAUAUGGGGCUUGUAAAACGUGAAACGAGAUUUACUUCCAAGAUGCCAGCCAAUGAGAUAAUAUCAAAAAUUGAGGAAGCUGCUAUGCCUUUGGGGUUUGAUGUCAAGAAAAAUAACUACAAGAUGAAGCUCCAUGCGGAGAAGACUGGACGCAAGGGCCAUUUAUCAGUUGCUACAGAGAUCUAUGAGGUUGCUCCAUCACUACAUAUGGUUGAGCUUCGGAAGGCUGGGGGAGAUACUUUGGAAUUCCACCAGUUCUACAAGAACAUCUCAACUGGGUUGAAGGACAUUGUUUGGAAAUCAGGAGAUGAAGCACAAGAGCCAGGGAAAGAUGGUGCCAGCUCAUCAUCAUCUUGAGUUGUGGAUUUCCAAUCAAAGUCCAUGCCCUCUGUUAGUAAAGUUUGGAUGUACCUUGUGAUAUAGACUAUUUUGUAUGGUCUGCUUUUGAUUGUUGGGUUGAGCAUUUAUGUGGAUUCGUAUAUGGAUCACUAAGUUUGAGUUUGGACUUUCUAGUUUCCACAUGUAUCAAGAAUUUUUAUGAAAUAAGGAAUAAAAUUUGUAUUCAUGCACCUCCUUCAGGGAUAGAGGUCAAUGCCUUCUCUUUAACAAAGGAGCUGAUUUGGUUUGAACUUGACCGGCAUGGAAUCUAGAUUCCAAAAGAAAAGAAAACCUAUAGGCACAUUUCAACUUUCUGAUUUGGAUGCGAAUCAUGGGUUUUCAAGUGAUUUACCACUCUAGUUUGUCAACCCAUUGCAGUUGAAAGCAUCAAAUUGUUAUGAUAUUUAUCACUGACAGUAGUUUGCAUCUCUGUUAUUCGCUUAUGAUGUUUCUUGCUGGGAUUAAUGUACAGCUUGAUUUUCAUUCUUUUAAUAUUUUUUUUGUUUUCUUGAGAAAAAGAAAAAUAUAAACAAAAGGUUUCAUGCUUUUAAUCAAGAAACUGCAGGUCUGUCAAAUGUUUCCUAUCAUAUUGCUUGAUUCAGUGUACAUUUUCUUGCCUCACGGUUGUGAUUUGAAUUUGAACGCAGAUGUUCACUUCUUGCUGUAAUGGGUUUAUAAGAAUGGUUGAUUUUCGAGAAAGAGCUUUUUGAGUUGGUUUAGGCUGGUGAGGGAAAAACUAAAGGAACUUUUUUGCUUUGCACUUGUCUGAUGGUUUCACUGGGUUGAUAUUUGUGAACAGUAGAAUUGUAUUUCAGAAUUUUUGUGAAAGAUGGCUUAGGUUUUCUUUCGUCAGUGUAGUUUUGAGGGGGAAAACUAUAAUUGUUGACACUGGAGUUGAACAACUGAUGGACACGGAUACAAUACCUGAGGAUGACACAGUUGUUCGACGAGUACAAGGAUGGCUGCAUCACACCAUAGAUGAACUGGCAACGGCGAUGGAAAUCAUGGAGUAAAGACUCCCACUGAAAUCUGAACUCAUUGAUAAAAGGGCUAUUGAUUGCAGAGAGUUUUUCUGAGCAGCAAUGGGGCAUUAUUCAUAGAAGUUUCUAUAAAAAGAUCAUUGUGGAAAAAAUUAAUUGAAUGGAGUGACAUUGUACUUUUGUAGCUAAAAAGUUAGAUUUGAGAUGGAUGAAUAAAGUGUAAUCACUUCAUUAAAAUCAUAUUCUAGAAAGUUGUUUGUAGAUUCGGCACACUUUUUUUUUUUUUAAUAAAAA